AUGGUCAGCCAAUAUCCGCCUCGCCCUCGCCUGACGCGUCUGGAUAAGUCCCGUACGGCUUCGUCCGUCUCCAGUGCCUCUUCCUCUUCUUCCGAGUCCCUUCCGCCUACCAUGACCGACCUUGUACCUAGAUCUGCCCAGCUCAAGGAAGACGAUGCUGAACCGUCACCGUCACCGUCACCGUCAACGUCAACGUCAACUCCAACGCCGUCAAAUAUGGAGGAGACAUUGCAUCUACACGACCUCGAGUUGAUGAUGUACUGGUGUACAACGACGUACCGGUCUAUGGCCCGCGACAAUGUGGCGGAGGCGCUGUGGCAGACGGUUAUUCCCCAAUUAUCGCUACGCUUCCCGUCCCUGCGGCAUGGGCUGCUGGCCCUAUCGGCUCUCCAACUAGCGGGGACCUGUACAAGCCCGGGGCGCAAAUGGCGUUAUCUGGUCUCCGCACGCGAGCAUCAAAGUCAUGCUCUCGCAGGCGUUUCGCUGGACGGAGUGCAGGACCUCACCACGGCGCAAUGCAAUGCCACUUUUGCUCUUUGUGCUGUUUUGCUGGUCUUUUCAUAUGCAUAUUGCUUGAUCGAUGACGAAGUGGGGGAUCAUGAGGAACAGCCGGAUAUCUUGGACGAGUUCCUCGAGGUUUUUGCACUCACGCGCUGGCUGGUCAGCGCGAUGAUGAUGAUCAUGGACCGGGUGGCAGCUGGCGAACUAUACCCGCUCGUGAACCCCGAGCAAACUCGGCCGACCAUGCCGGAUAUGUCCCAACUGGUGGUUCUGAGUCUUCGCCGGCAGAAUGAGAUCGAGGUCCAACUUGACCCAACCCAUGAGAAGGAGGUGUACAACCAGGCGAUCGACCAUCUGCGGAGCGCACUCGAGCAGCUGAUGAACGGGGGUGAGCCCAAGGAUUUUGCUUUUUGCUGGGCCUUCCGCAUUCCCGUCAGGUACCAGGACCUGGUGCGCGAGCGGAAACCCUUUGCUCUGGUAGUUCUGGCCUAUUACGCCGUCAUCCUGCACCAUCUGCGCGAUUCCUGGUGGAUGGGGGAUUGGGGAAUACGUAUUCUUCGGAGAGUCGAUGCCUGUCUUGAGCCGCAAUUCCGCCAUUUGAUUAGCUGGCCUAUCGAUGCCACCGGCGGGUACUUUGUUGAAGAGUGA